UUGGUAGGCAAUAUCAUACCACAAACCAGCACUAUAUGUCUCCGGUUCUUCAAGAUUUGGAAGAGUCGAAAGCCAGAACCUUCCGUGUUCUGUUCGUCCCCUUUGAUCCAGCUCUGUUUCCGGUUUCUCCUCCGGGCUCUGGUCUCACGACAAAGGCAGCUUGAUAAACAAGAAGAUAUUUUGGGAGCGUCUUCUUCUUGGAGGAGAUUGGAGUACUGAUCCUACCAAUAAGGUACAUCAGUUGAAAGCUGUAAGGAGAAAUUGAAGAGCCAAGACAGUAUAUUGAGCAGCAUGGCCACUUUAUCACUAGCCACAGGAGUUGGAUGGGUAGUUUCUCCUGUCAUCAAGCUUAUGGUUGAGAAGGUCCAGUCAUAUAUAUCAACCCAGUACAAGUGGCAGUCCAAUUUGGAGGAUGACCUUAAAAAGCUCGAGACUAUUUUAACUGAAAUUUUAUUGGUGGUGGGCACUGCAGAAAGGCGGAGAACACUUGAUUGCAAUCAGCAAACUUUACUCCACCAACUGAAAGAUGCUGUCUAUGAUGCUGAGGACAUCUUGGAUGAAUUUGACUACAUGCUUCUGAAAGAAAAUGCUGAAAAGCGAAACCUUAGAAGCUUAGGCUCCAGUUCUAUUUCCAUUGCUAAGCGUUUGGUUGGCCAUGACAAGUUUAGGUCCAAGUUAAGAAAGAUGCUUAAAAGCUUGAUUAGGGUAAAGGAAUGUGCUGAAAUGCUUGUCAGAGUGAUUGGACCAGAAAACUCUAGUUCACACAUGUUGCCAGAACCACUCCAAUGGCGUAUUACCAGCUCAUUUUCAAUUGAUGAGUUUGUGGUCGGUCGUCAGAAGGAGCGAGAUGAACUAGUGAACCGAUUGUUGGAACAAGCAGACAUACCUAAGUCAAGAACUGAAGGAGCAAUAUCAGUAUCACCAGAGGUAAUAACCAUAGUCGGUACUGGUGGAAUUGGAAAAACUACUUUAACUCAACUUAUUUACAAUGAUAAACGAAUAGAGAAUAAUUAUGAUAUGAGGGCAUGGAUAUGUGUCUCACAUGUCUUUGAUAAGGUCAGAAUCACCAAAGAAAUUCUAACAUCUAUUGAUAAGACCAUUGACCUAACAAAUUUCAAUUUUAGCAUGCUCCAAGAAGAACUCAAGAACAAAGUAAAAAUGAAGAAGUUUUUACUUGUGUUGGAUGACGUUUGGUAUGAUGAAAAGGUUGGAGGGCCUAUAAAUGCUGAUAGAUGGAGAGAAUUAUUUGCUCCUUUACGGCAUGGGGUGAAAGGAGUCAAGAUUUUAGUUACAACUCGAAUGGAUAUUGUUGCAAAUACAUUAGGCUGUACCACUCCGUUCUCUUUGAGUGGUCUAGAGAGUGAAGAUAGCUGGGAACUUUUCAGAAGAUGUGCAUUCAGCACUAGAGAUCCAAAUGAACAUCAAGAAAUGAAGUCUAUAGGUGAAUGCAUUGUGCAAAAGUUGAAUGGCUCAGCAUUAGCAAUAAAGGCCGUUGCUGGGCAUCUUAGUUUAAACUUCAACUAUGAUGAAUGGAAUCGAGUUCUAAAAAAUGGUUUAUCAAAUGAGAAAGAUAUUAUGACAAUUUUACGUCUAAGCUAUGAAUGCUUGCCAGAGCACCUUCAGCAAUGUUUUUCAUUCUGUGGUUUGUUCCCAAAAGGCUAUUAUUUUGAGCCUGGCAUAUUGGUGAAUAUGUGGAUAGCUCAUGAAUUUAUUCAGGAUCAUGGACACACCUAUGGAAGUUUGAGAAGCACCGGGAGAAGUUAUUUUGAUGAGUUGUUUUCUAGAUCAUUUUUCCAGGCACUUCAGUACGGAGGUACAGUACAUUAUGUUAUGCAUGACCUCAUGAACGAUCUUGCUUUCCACACAUCCAAUGGUGAGUGCUACAGAUUAGAUGUUGAUGAACCUGAAGAGAUCCCGCCAGCAGUUCGGCAUCUGUCCAUACUGGCUGAAAGAAUUGACCUACUUUGCACCUGUAAGUUGCAAAGGCUGCGCACACUAAUAAUCUGGAAUAAAGACAGGUGUUUUUGCCCACGAGUUUGUGUGGAAGCAAAUUUUUUCAAAGAGUUCAAGAGCUUGAGAUUAUUGGAUUUGACAGGUUGCUGCUUAAGACAUUCACCUGACUUAAAUCAUAUGAUACACCUUAGGUGCUUAAUUCUCCCAUACACUAACCAUCCUCUACCUGAAUCACUCUGCAGUCUUUAUCAUUUGCAAAUGUUAUCCGUACACCCACAUUCAUGUUUUAUGGAUACAGGACCUGUCAUCUUCCCAAAAAAUCUGGAUAACCUCAGCAGCAUAUUUUAUAUUGAUAUUCAUACGGACCUUCUUGUUGAUUUGGCUUCUGCGGGGAAUAUACCAUUUCUUCGGGCAGUCGGAGAAUUUUGUGUUGAAAAAGCGAAAGUGCAGGGAUUAGAGAUUCUAAAGGACAUGAAUGAACUCCAGGAAUUUCUUGUAAUUUCGUCUCUUGAGAAUGUGAAUAACAAGGAUGAGGCAGCUAAUGCUCAGUUAGCCAACAAGAGUCAAAUAUCUAGAUUGAAGCUGCAAUGGGAUUCUUCUAAUGCAGAUAGCAAGUCAGAUAAAGAGUAUGAUGUGUUCAAUGCUUUAAGACCUCACCCUGGCCUUAAGGAACUGACUGUUGAUGGAUACCCAGGUUAUAAAUCUCCGUCUUGGCUAGAGUUCAACUGGCUAUCUAGAUUGGAACACAUUAACAUCCAUGAUUGCACAUGUUGGAAGUUGCUUCCACCUUUAGGUCAGCUACCAUGUCUCAAGGAGCUUCAUAUUGAUACAAUGAACGCAUUGGAGUGUAUAGACACAUCUUUCUAUGGGGAUGUUGGUUUUCCCUCCCUGGAAACACUACAAUUAACACAAUUGCCAGAACUGGCAGAUUGGUGUUCAGUCGAUUAUGCUUUUCCUGUUCUUCAGGUUGUAUUCAUCAGGAGGUGCCCAAAGCUGAAAGAGCUGCCACCAGUCUUCCCUCCACCUGUAAAAUUGAAAGUGCUCGAAUCCAUCAUUUGCAUGUGGCAUACUGAUCAUCGCUUGGACACAUGUGUUACUCGAGAGAUUAGCUUAACCGGCCUUUUGGAUUUACGUCUUCAUUAUCUGGAAUCUAUGGAAUCUGCAGACAUCAGCUUUGAUGGAGCAGGCAUAUCAAACGAUGGGCUUAGAGAUCGAAGGCACAACCUCCCAAAGGGACCGUAUAUCCCUGGAUUCUCUGAUUCUCCUAGCACAUUUCUGAGGAUAACUGGAAUGGAAUUUAUAAGCUGCCCCAACUUAACAUUGUUACCGGACUUUGGUUGUUUUCCUGCUCUCCAGAACUUGAUCAUAAAUAAUUGCCCCGAAUUGAAGGAACUACCUGAGGAUGGAAACCUAACAACCUUGACACAGGUGCUUAUAGAGCACUGCAACAAACUGGUAUCACUGAGGAGCCUGAAAAACCUUUCUUUCCUCACCAAACUGGAGAUCAGAAAUUGCCUGAAGUUAGUGGUUCUGCCUGAGAUGGUUGACUUCUUCUCCCUUAGAGUCAUGAUCAUACACAAUUGCCCUGAACUUGUUUCUUUACCUGAAGACGGUCUUCCUCUGACCCUUAACUUUUUGUAUUUGAGCGGAUGUCAUCCAUUGCUAGAGGAGCAGUUUGAAUGGCAACAUGGCAUUGAGUGGGAGAAGUAUGCCAUGUUGCCGUCAUGUUUCUAUGCUGAUAAAUCGAUGGAAGAUACUGAAGAUAUAGCUGAGGAAGUACUUCGCGAGAAUGAUAUGAUCGAGUGGUCAAUCCAGACCAGUCUACUGCAUCCAACUGAUUCUGCAGCAAGCUCUUCCAGUUUUCUUCAGUGAGUUAUCUGGGAAUCUAGCACUUGUGGCAUUGAUUGCAACUUGGCCACUGGGCACACUGCGCACCGGUGCUGUUAGUCAGCUUGUGCUUGCCCAUGGCUGGGCAUUAACUGUGCAGAUAAGCUGUCAUAAAAUUCAUUUAUGCGUUCCAUUUUAACCAGGCCAAUUUAUUAUGAGGUUUGUGCAUUUUCGCUCCUAAACUACUCUUUAUGAGCUGCAGAACAUUCAUCAGUCAUUGCUUACAGUUUGUACUCUUCCACAGGAUGCAAUGUAUGUGCACCUUUGAACAUCAGGACCAUGGUUCUGGUGGAGUUUCUUUUAUUUUUUUUUGGAAAGAACUGAGUAUGUAUUUUUUGUUUGAAAUCAGAUGGAUAAUCGGGUAUGCAUUACAUCAUAUGUAUUUUUCUGACUAGUUAAAUACACCAGAGAUUCAAACAUGAGAUGGCCUUUUUAACCAUACUGUCUGUACGAACUAAUGUACAAUAUGUGCUGGAUUGCUAGAGGGAUGGCUAAUUCUCAACAUGCCUAUUGUCUGCCAUUCACAGAAAUUAUAUUUGGCUCAUUACUGUUGUGUAAUAUCCCUGUACAUUUUUUGCCAUGUUGCUUUUGAUCUAGUGAUCUGCAAAAAAGUGCAGGCUCCCAGCUGCAAAAUACAAUGCACAGGUUAAUCUUAUGAUUCCUGUCAUCCUGUGUAAGGUCAUGCUAUGUGCUCAGUUUAAGUGUUUAGCAUCUUCCUCUCCAUGAUUCCAUGUCUCUGCUUUAAUUAUUUUUUGUUCUCUUGUCAAUUUUCAGAAAGAGGUUCUGGUGCUCGUGAAAACAUUUGUCGGGUUCAGCAAUUCUGUUUUCAUGAAUGAUUCCAUAUGCAAAAUGGGAGAGUUUAUCUAGAGUCGACGGGGAGAAGAUGCACUCGAACGGAAAUUGGAAGCUGCUUCAUACCAGAUCUAGGUGGCAUGCCAUGACUUCAGAAAUUAGAUUUGUACCACUGCCCUCAGGUGAUGCAACAUCUGGCCACCAGACAACGUUGAAGGAACUGAACCUAUGAUCUUGCAUUGGCCUAUCAUCUAUGGAAGGGUUGUGUGAUCUUGUUUCCCUUACAAAGCUGUAUGUUAUUGAUUGCUCUGAUCUGUUGCAGCUUCAUGAUAUGGAUGACUUUUGCUCGCUUCGUUUUCUGAAGAUCGAUCAGUGCCGUCAGUUGAGGUCACUGCCCUGGAGUGGUCUUCUUGUAUCACUUGAGACAUUCAUCUUGUUUGGAUGCCAUCAAGCGCUGGAGGAGCAGUUUCAGCGGAAAGAAGGUCCAGACUGGGACAAGAAGCGGGGAAGAGAUCCGGGCGCCCAAUGGCAUUCAUCACAAUCCAACAGAAUUGUGCGGAUUCCGGGCAGAAGAUCAGGAUGUGGUCAAUCGUUUCGUCGUGCUGGUCGCAAAGCACACACCUCGCCGGGUGAGGAAGGCAAGCCUCGCGGCCUCAGUCGAUCCGCUGUCCAGCAACGACGAUGAGCCACAAGCCACAUGAAGUAUCGGCAGCGGUGCGGCGUUUUGUUCCUCCAGACCAAGUUCACUGGGAAUUUUUCUCUUCCAAUGAAUGAACAUUGCCAGAUACGCCGAUCGAGCCGUGUAACA